CGUUGAUUGUAUCGUAAGCGAGCUAAGCUGCUAUGAAAAUUCUCGACUUUGUUUACUGGUAGUUGAAAAUUCCAGAUCCCUUCCUUCUUCGUCUUCCUCCCAAGUCUUCAGAUUCUAAUUACAUGCUCUUCUUCUUCUUUUUCUUCAAAUCCUCCAAUGGCUAAACCCCAAUUGAAACCCAAAGCUCGAAACGUGGUCGAAUCGCUCUUCCACUUCGAUCUCUCUCCCCACUCUCUCUCUUCCCCAAUCAAAUCCCUCUCCAUUUCCCAAUCCCUUCUCUAUCUCGGCACUCAAUCUGGCCGCCUCAUUCUCCUCUCCUUCGAGCCGUCUUCUCCAAACACGCUGUCGUUUUUGAAAAGCGUUGUGGUGGGUGAAUCUCCCGUGGAAUCUAUUCUUGUUUUAAGUGAACUCAACAGGGUUUUGAUUCUAUGCGAUGAGUGUUUGUUUUUGGUGGAUGAUUUGUUGGUUCAGCCUGUGAAGAAAGUUGGGUUUUUGAAAGGGGUUAGUGUUAUUACUAAGAGAGUGAAGACGAGUGAAUCGGAGUGUACUAAUUUGUUGGAAACUGGUUCCGGCAUUUUGCCAAACAGUUCGAGUGCGAGUACUAGUCAGCGUUUGCUGCAGAAAUUGGGGGGUGGGAUUAAGAGUAAUGGGGUCAAAGUUAAAGAACAGGAGCAGACUCGGAAGGGUAGCGAUGUUUUUGCUGUUAUUGUUGGUAAAAGAUUGAUUUUGAUAGAGUUUGUCAAUGGUAAUGUCUUGAUUUUGAAGGAAAUUCAGUGUAUAGAUGGGGUUAAGACUAUGGUGUGGCUUAAUGAUUCGAUAAUUGUAGGUACUGUCAAUGGGUAUAGUUUGGUUUCGUGUGUUACAGGUCAGAGUGGUGUGAUUUUUUCGUUACCUGAUGUAUCGAGUUUUCCAUUGCUUAAGUUGAUGUUAAAGGAGAGGAGGGUACUGUUAUUGGUAGACAAUGUGGGGGUAGUUGUGGAUGUGCAUGGGCAGCCGGUUGGUGGGAGUUUGGUAUUUAGGAGGAGUCCGGAUUCUAUUGGGGAGUUAUCAAUGUAUGCGGUGGUUGUGGGGGAUGGGAAGAUGGAGCUGUAUCAUAAGAAAUCAAGUGUCUGUAUUCAAACGGUUACACUUGCCGGGGAAGGUGUUAUCCCGUGCAUUGCAACAGAUGGGGAAUUCGGGGGAGGGAACGUUGUUGUUGUUGCAGUGCCCACCAAGGUUAUUUGUUACCGAAAAGUACCUGCUGAAGAACAAAUUAAAGAUUUAUUGAGAAAGAAGGAUUUCAAGGAAGCCAUCUCCUUGGUGGAGGAGCUUGAGUGUGAAGGUGAAAUAUCAAAGGAAAUGCUGUCCUUUGUUCAUGCUCAAGUGGGAUUCCUCUUGCUUUUUGAUCUGCAUUUUGAGGAAGCGGUAGAUCAUUUUUUGCAGUCAGAAACUAUGCAGCCUUCUGAAGUAUUUCCAUUUAUAAUGCGAGACCCAAACCGCUGGUCAUUGCUGGUUCCUAGAAAUCGCUAUUGGGGCUUGCAUCCUCCUCCUGCACCUCUUGAGGAUGUUGUGGACAGUGGGCUUGCUGCUAUCCAAAGAGCUAUUUUCCUUAAAAAAGCAGGUGUAGAAACUGCAGUAGACGAUGAUUUUCUAUCAAAUCCUCCAAGCAGAGCUCAUUUACUAGAACAAGCAAUCAAAAACAUCAUCAGGUAUCUUGAAAUUUCUCGUGAGAAGGAGUUGACCAAUUUGGUGAAGGAAGGAGUUGACACACUGUUAAUGUAUCUCUAUAGAGCCUUAAAUCGUGUGCAUGACAUGGAGAAGUUAGCAUCUUCAGAAAACAAUUGUAUUGUGGAGGAGUUAGAAACUUUGUUGGAUGACUCUGGGCAUCUUCGCACUCUUGCCUUCCUCUAUGCAAGUAAAGGGGUUAGCUCAAAGGCUCUUGCUAUUUGGCGCAUCUUAGCUAGAAAUUAUUCAUCUGGCUUAUGGAAGGACCCUGCUGUUGAGAAUGACUUGCCUAAUGGAAGUACAGAUGUAAUAUCUGGUAGGGAGAUUGCUGCAACGGAGGCUACAAAGAUCCUUGAGGAGUCAUCUGAUGAGGAUUUAAUUUUGCAACAUCUUGGUUGGAUUGCAGAUAUAAACCCGGUUCUGGCUGUUAAAGUUUUGACAUCAGAGAAAAGAGCGACUCAACUUUCUCCUGAUGAAGUGAUUGCUGCAAUUGAUUCGAAGAAGGUUGAAAUCCUACAAAGGUAUCUGCAAUGGUUGAUUGAAGAUCAAGACUCUAAUGAUACUCAUUUCCAUACACUAUAUGCUCUGUCACUUGCAAAGUCAGCUAUUGAAACAUUUGAAGCAGAAAUUAGCUUAGAAAACCGUGCAACUGCAAGGCUGGAAGAAGCAAAAUGUUCUGAUUUUGGGAGGGAUUCCAUCUUUCAAAACCCUGUACGAGAAAGAUUGCAAAUAUUUUUACAGUCUUCAGACUUGUAUGAUCCUGAAGAGGUUCUUGAAUUAAUUGAAGGAUCAGAGUUAUGGCUGGAAAAGGCUAUUUUGUACAGAAAACUAGGUCAAGAGACGUUGGUCCUCCAAAUUUUGGCCCUGAAGUUGGAGGACAGUGAAGCUGCAGAACAAUAUUGUGCAGAGAUUGGAAGACCAGAUGCCUAUAUGCAGCUACUUGAUAUGUAUUUAGAUCCACAAGAUGGUAAGGAGCCUAUGUUCAAGGCUGCUGUUCGCCUAUUGCACAAUCAUGGAGAAUCACUGGAUCCUUUGCAAGUUUUAGAGACAUUGUCCCCAGAUAUGCCCCUUCAACUUGCAUCAGAUACAAUACUGAGAAUGUUGAGGGCUCGACUUCACCAUCAUCGGCAAGGACAAAUUGUGCAUAAUCUAUCCCGAGCUGUGGACAUUGAUGCAAGGUUAGCAAGAUUAGAGGAAAGAUCACGGCAUGUUCAAAUCAAUGAUGAGAGCCUUUGUGAUUCUUGUCAUGCCCGCCUUGGAACUAAACUAUUUGCAAUGUAUCCCGACGAUACUAUCGUGUGUUAUAAGUGUUUCCGGCGACAAGGUGAAUCAACUUCUGUCACUGGUCGCGACUUUAAGCAAGAUGUUUUAAUCAAACCCGGUUGGCUUGUGACACGAUGAUGUAGAGGAAAAACUCAAAACUUACAGAUAAAAGGCAACAUUUCCUGUCCAUGGAUCCUUAGUUUCAAGCUGCGGUCUCAACCGUCACAGAUUGGAGAAGGAUUUCAGCAAAUUGAAGUUGCAAAUGUUUAAAUGUUGUGUGUAUUUUAGUUCUGUUCAAUGCUUACACCUCCAGGUACUCUCUAUUCAGUAGCCAAUAGAAGGAUAAAAUUACAGUGAAACGGUUUGAUGUACACAAUGUAUAAGCAUGGGUUCCCAAAUAAAUUGUUUAAGAAA